UACACUUUCUCAUACUCAUAAUGUUCAUGUUAACUUGAGAAAUUGAACUUUUUGGGAGGGAAAGAAACAAUCUCAUCUGUUUAUAUGUAUGCACAUUUCCACAUAAAAUUAAUCUCUCGAUUACAUUAUAUAUUAUUUAAAAAUGCAAUAACGAUGGAUCCUCCCCCAUCACCCAGUUCAAGUAAGUAUACCUUUCGUUCACCGCCGACCAAGAUAAGAAGAAUACCAGCCACUGGAUGUACUUUGUUGUUGACGGGAAUUGCAAAAGCCGGAAAGACGACAAUUUCCGACAGAUUGACCCGACUCCUCAAAAGCUACGACAUUCCGGUUAAGCAGAUUGAUGGGAAAAAACUUGCUGUCGGACUCUGCGCCAAAACUCCCUGCAAAGAACAUUUUGUCCACCAUGCGAGAUCGAGCGGAAGCACGAGAAAAUCAUGCUAAUUGCAAAUUGCGAUUUUUAGAGGUUUAUGUUGAAAGGGACAAGGAGGUCAGUAGGAAAGAAACCGGUCUGGAUAGAAAUGUUGCUCAUGCAGUUGAUGAUGAUUAUCAGUCACCCACCACUAACCAACCUGUCGAUAUCCAUUUACAUCGGCUUGGGAAAAAUGUGGACGAAUUGAUGAAUACCUUUGUGAUAAAACUAAUUGAUCUUAACGUCAUCCCUUACUAUGUCAACCAACCAUCAUCUCCAAUGAGCAUUCCACCGUCCUCGCCUUCCUCAACAACAUCAGUCAGCGAUGGGGAGGGAAGUAUUUCCAAAAAACCGUAUAACAGAAGUGCACUGGGUUCUAUUUUCGAUCAAAUCUUCUUGGAUAUGAAACGACUGGGUUUUACUGGAAAUAUUUGGGAUGGAAACACAACAAACUCGUACUUCAAACUAGUGAUGGACGAGUGGACUGAGCAUUACAAUUCCCAUCAAGGGCAGGACAAAUUUUACCCUGUUUUUAUUCCAAACCCACACACAACGGUUACACCCACAACUACACCGGAAAGAAAGAAAGAAGAACAAAAUAUUAACACAAAUGAAGAUGAUUUUAUACCUUUGUAUUGGGAUGUGUCUGUACAAACUAUCAGGUUUGGGAAAAUUAAGGAUAAAAGAUUCUUGCCACCACGCGUAAAAUGUUGCAAAUGUUGGAGUAUAGCAACAUCCUCAGGUCACUUAUGCAACCCGCACAGUACCACAAGGACAACAUAUCUUGCACUACUACAUGAUGAAAAUGAAUCCGACCACCACUAUUAUGCAUGCAUCAAUUACACAAGAGCAAAGAAACAGACAUAUAACCAAACGUCGUUGAUGAUGCUCGGGAAAUCUAAUAAAAUGAAACUGUUCGGUGAUUACUUAGCUUCCCAUGUGUACAACAAUUUUACUCCCAUUUACGAACAAUCGGUACUUUCAUCCUCUUCUGAAAGAGAGACACUCCUCCACACAACAAAGUUAUCUGUGGCCCUCAUCUGUCUAUUUAGAAAUAUUAAUCGAAUUGAAACAGGUGUCCCUACCAUACCACAUAUCUUCCUGCAAAAUGACAUCGACAUGUUCUCUACUAAUUUGGCCGUGGUAUGCAACAUGUUGGAGGAGAACGGGAUUACUUUCUCAUACAGUGACGAAAACGAACAAGUACAAGAUGAGUCUCCGAUAGUUACCACAUACUACGACACUUUGCCACGGGUCUAUUUUGGCGUUGAAGAGGAGGAAAAGCUCAACAAUGGUCUCAAGAAAGCCAAAGAUAGGACUGGAGUAGGGAGCAAAUACACUCAUACUGCUAAUUAUAAACCUGGCCCUUUGUACCAAACUACACUGACUCCCGAACAGGAGGAAAUUGUUACUUAUACUCCAACUAAACCGAAUGAUAAGUGGACCCCAAAACAACUAAAACAACAACAAGAGUUGGAUAAACAAAUGAAGGAUAGUUUUCAUUCCCUACAUAAAUUAGUUGGUGAUGACUGUACUAAUAAGGAAAAGUUAGGUAUUGCUACAUUGGUCGUUGCUGAGAUGCUAAGAUUAUCUAGAAGAGGGACACCUAUUGUCCGCCAUAAUAAAGUAUAUAAUCAUACGGAUAAUGUAGGACCAGGAGACUAUUUGUACAUGCAGAAGGUUUUCAAAUUAAUUACAGGUAGUGAUAUGUCUUUUUCUGUUAAUCAUGACCUACAUAGUAUAACUUUCAAUGAUGUCUUUUUUCAGUUAACCCUUCAAUGAUAAUAAUGGAAUAAAUAUAUCCGCUGAUCGUAACCUAA